AUGCCCUACCAGGACGGCGACUCGAUUCUGCUCGUCGGCGAAGGGAACCUCAGCUUUGCAAGAGCCCUGGUCGAAAUCGUCCCACGCUCUCUGUUGACGGCGACAGUGUUUGACUCGGAAAAGAUCGUCAUGGAGAAAUAUCCGGACGCAGCCCGGAACAUCAAGGCCGUGGCCGAUUCUGGCGGCGCUGUGCUCUUUGGCAUCGAUGCCACAAAGCUCGAGGGUUACAGAAAGCUCCGGAACAAGCGCUUUGACAAAAUUGUCUUCAACUUUCCGCAUGCAGGCGCUGGCAUCAAGGACCAGGAUCGAAACAUCCAAAUCAACCAGGAGCUGCUGUCGUCGUUCUUCCUGAGCGCCCUGCCCUUCCUCAAGUCACGCACGACAUACCAAGAUCCCGUUGACGGAGAAAUCCAUGUGACCCUCAAGGAGGGAGAGCCAUACGAGUCGUGGCGCAUCAAGAAGUUGGCACAGAUGACGGGGCUGCUCAAGUGCGCAACGUCCUUCGAGUUUGUGCCGCAAAUCUACCCGGGAUAUGCCCAUCGGCGCACAAUUGGGUUCCAGGAGGGCAUCAGCAAGGACCACAACGAGGAGCUGCAGCUGAAGCGCUGCCGAACGUUCGUCUUUGUGCGUGUCGAUGCAAAAGACGAUACGGGAACCUAUCGACCGGGCUGGAAUAGCAGGCACCGAUCGCGCCGACGGCGAGCACAAGACAGCGAUCGCUCGGACAGCGACGAUGCCCAGGAUGGCGAUGGGGACGGUCUAGGCGAUGAGGAUGGCUCGAACGAGGCAGAGUAG